GACUUCAGAGUUUUUCCUACACUCGUCGAGUUACAAAGUGUCGUGUUCUAGCUCUGUUCUGAGCCCCAAAGUGAUUAUCUUUUUCCAUUCACUGAAAAAAAUUGAAAAAUUCUGCAUAACCAUUAAAGGAUACUAAAACUUAAAAAAAAAAAAAAAAAAAAAUAUAAAAAGACCAAGUAAUAUCCUUUUUUCAUUACAAGGAUAUACGAAGUUUACAUAAUUGUGCCGUACAAAGAGACACCGAUAUCGAUGUCUCGUAUAUUAGAGAAUGCUUAAGCUACCAAAAGGCCUAAAAAAGAAAAAGAAAGGAAAGAAAUCGAAAAAAGAUCAAGAACUCUUCACCGAAGAGGAAUUAGAACAAUACAAGCGUGAGCAGCGUGCCAAACAAGAGGCCGCACUUGAGGCAGCCAAAUCUGACGUUGGUGAAUCUGACGGUGGUGCGUCAGACGUUGAAAAGGGCUCAACUAGUGGAACAACUGCAGCUAAACCAACUGGAACAUCUGAUUCAGCAAAUACAUCAGGAGAAACUGGUGCUGCUGCUGGUGGUGCAGCAACCAACGGUACAACCACUGCUGCAAAAACUGAAGACGACGAAGAGUGGGCUAAAUUCAAAGCUCUAACUUCAGGGGUUGAUUCAGUCCUUCAUAAGACUCAACAGGAGUUAGAUCAUAUCAAGCAAACUUCUUUCUAUCAACGUCUUCCGUCAGCUGCUGAAAAGAAGAAGCAAGAAGAGGAAGAAGCUGCAGCUCGCGAGGCUGCUCGCCUUGCUGAGGUAAAACGAUUAGAAGAAGAGAAGGAAGCUAAUCGAGAUAAACUUGCUGAAGCUGUUGUAGAACUCUCCGAUUCUGAGGAAGAGUCUGAAGAGUUAAAUGACAUCUUUGCCACUGACUAUAUUGAUGCCAUAACCAGUGGUGAAUUACAAUUAGGUGUUGUCCCUGAUUCACCCGAGCUUGAAAUCGACUUAGGGCCUGAUCCAUUUGACACUGCUUACGCUGAAAAAGUUAUCGUUGGAGCUGACAAGGCUAAAGGAGGCAAAAAACUUGUCAGCCUUGGUGCUGCUGUCGAGGUUCUUACAGGUCGUGUUGACCGAGACCACGCAGUAGCCCUAAGUGGAGCUAAACGAAAGCCUAGAAAAGGUGUUCAAGAUCUUCUACUUGAUGAUAGUAUUGAUCUAGAAGCUGUUGCUACCGAAGUUGAAGCAGUUUCAGCUACACCAGAGCCAACUAAUCUUCUAGACGAAUUAGCCGAUGAUAUACCAAACGACGUUCCUAUCGAUCUAACUGCAUCGUUACACUUGCAGUUCUUGAAAAAACCAAAACUUGAAAACGAAGAAGGAGACGAAGAAGAAGAAGAACUAGGUGAUAUUGGAGGGUUUUUACCCGAACGUGAACCAGCCGAAGGUGCUGAAGAUCUACCACCAAACGAUAUUGUUGCUGAAUUUGAUGUUUUAAAAUACGAAGAAGAUGAUGAAUUUGCUGAAUUAGCUGCUGAAUCGUUGACAAAGAAAGAAGAAGUCAAAGUAAUUAAACAGGUUCCAGUGCCAGUAGCUGUAAGUGGACCUAUUGAAGGUGAUUGGGCUGAAUUUGAACAGACUCCAAACGAAACAGGUGGUAAAGUUAAACCUCCAAGACCUCCGGGUCCACCUCCUCGGCCAACUUCUGGGCCCCAUAUUGCUCCAGGUGUCAUCCAUCUUAGUGACGACGACGAUUUUGCAGUAGACGACGAUCCAUUUGACACAACUUUCGUCGAAAAAGUUGUCAUCGCUCAGGAAGACGACGACGACGAUUUUGAUUUCGAUCCACGAGCUGACGAGCGCAAGGCCGCUCCUCCAGCGGUACCUCCACCACCAUCUCAGAAACCACUUCAACGUGAUCUUCUUGGAGGCAGUAACACAAACUUUGCAGAAGUUGACUCCUCAUCAAACCUACUCAGUACACAACAAAAGGAUCUUCUUGCCGGUAGCACCACAGACUUAAGUACUGUUGGUGCAGCUCCAAUAGCUCCGGUUGCUGAACCAAGUGAAGAAGAUUUUGAUCCGUUUGACACUUCAGCAGUAAUUGGUAUUGUUCAACCAAAAGAAGUCGAACUUAAAGUCCUCGAAAAGGAGCUUUUGCAAGACUCCAAACUCAAACACUCACUGAGUGACCCAGACUUCGAUCCAAGGGCUGAAGAAGAACCAGCAACUCCAGUUGCCCCAGUUCAAACACCUUCAGAACCUUUUGAUCCAGCACGCCGCAAGUCUUCCCUCAGCUUAAACCUUCAAUCGAAGACAGUUGGAUUUUUGGUUCCAAAAGCUCAAGAUUUACUUGGUGCAAAUAAUGAUGGUGCAAAGGUUCAAAAACCAUUAACACCAUAUUACGCCAAGUCAGAAUCAAUCCCUGAAAAAGAUAACGAAGAUCCAUUUGAUACAUCUUUUGUGCCAGCAAAUAAACCAUCAGAAGUUGAAUUAAAGAAUUUAGAGCAAGAUCUUUUGACAAGCAAUCUUAAACACAGUUUAUCUGAUCCAGAUUUUGAUCCCAGAGCUCCACCAACACCAGUUGCACCAGCUGAUUUAUUGGGAGUUCAAGAGAACAUUAACAUUAAGGUUUUAACACCAUCUCAAGAGAGCAAGGAUAUAAUUGAAGAGCCAGAGGAAGUUAUCGAUCCAUUUGACACAUCAAUUGCAGCAAAUAUCGCCCCUGGAAAAGCAGAGCUAAAGCUUUUGGAAAGUGAGCUUUUACCAGCACAGACUCCUGAAAUCACUACAGGAGUUCUAGAUACUCUUACCGACGCUCAGGAGCUCGGAUUGGGUGAUAAGGUUUUGACACCACAGGUUACCCGGAGGGAAGUUAGUACUCCAGAGGAUAUUGAUCCAUUUGACACUUCAAUAGCUGAGAAUCUUGCCCCAGGGCAGACAGAAAUCAAGCUUCUUGAAAACGAAUUAAUCGAACGUUAA